AGAGAGCCUUGGAGCCAUAGGUCCUGGAUGUAUUAUUAAAGCUGGACUCCACUCAUGAGGGUAGAUAAAGAAUAAUAUGGUGGAAAGAUAUAUAUAACUUUCAAAACAUUAAUAUCAAAGUCAAAAGUGAUCAUUUUUAGUUUGAAAUUAUAUAAGAGUACAAAUAAGGAGAACCCAACCAAUUAAAGAUUUAAGGAUAGUCUAAUUUCUCUAAAAAUCUCAUUUAGUACAGACUUCGAGACUUCUCAUUUUGAUGUAUGGAUGAUAAUAAAAUAUCUCCAGAGAUGUAAACAAAAUUAUUGGGAGUAUACAGAUUUACAGAACAUUGAAUGGAUCAUGAUUAUAUAUAAAUAGAGGGCUAAUCUGUUGACAAAACACUCACUUGGACAAAACAAGCAUUGGAAGUUGAUACAAGCUGAAAACAUAGAUUGUCAACUGGUUCCAUCAGCCUAUAGCACAUAUGCAACAAGAUAUUACUGUAAGAAUGUCAAGUUGUGAAGAAACAAAAACUCUCUAAUGAUCAGAAUGUAUAAUAUAUGAGAGCAUGGGAUAUUAAAUUAGAUAUGAUAGACUAAAGUAAAGAAUAAAAAUAUAAAAUGUGCUAAAAUACAACCAAUUAAGAGUCAAAAAAGGAUUCAUAUUAGACAGAACAUACUACAGCAAAGAACAUAAUACCAAUGUGAACAGUGAUGAAGUUCAUUUCAUAAAAGAAAGAAAUUCAUAUCACAAAGGACUUCAGACUAUUGUAAGGAAAAGAGAAUUAAAUCAAUUUGGAAACCUCAAUUUUCUCAAACAACAUGGGGAACAUAAUAGCCGCUAGCAAUUUUAAUCGAUUUGGAAAGCGCCAUGAUGAUGACUUCACAGAUCGACUCAGCCACCAGUUCACUUGUGUCCUACUAUUGAUUUGUACGCUGUUUGUGACGGGAAGACAAUACUCUGGUCACCCGAUUGAUUGUUGGGUUCCUGAACAGUUUACUUAUUCAUACAGAAGCUACACACAUAGUUUAUGUUGGACUAAAAACACAUAUUACAUCCCCACGUAUGAUAAUAUUCCCAAAUCAAGUGAAAAAAGGUCCGACCGAGAGCUUGUGUAUUAUCAGUGGGUACCGAUUAUUUUGCUCACGCAGAUGGGACUGUUUUUCCUGCCGAGUAUCAUAUGGCGUACCCUACAGGGAAGUUGCGGGAUUGAUAUUAAUCAGAUCGUCGAAGAGGUUAACCAUAAAAGGAAUAUAAAUCCGAAAGAACGGGAAAAAGUGAUGGGUUAUCUGGUGAAAAGUAUGGUGAACUAUUUUAGCCUGACUAGAUUCCCUACGAAGAAAUACUGCUACACAGCACGAUCACGCAUUUCAAGAUAUACUUUCCUUUUAUGUGGAAGACAAUUUGGAAACAAAAUGAUUGGAUCAUAUUUAUUCGUUAAGGUGCUUUAUAUCUGCAAUGCUAUUGGUCAGAUCUACUUGCUAAAUGCAUUCUUGGGUAAAGGAACUGAUUAUACCUUCUUCGGCUUCGGGGUGCUUUACGACCUCCUCCAAAGUGGUGAUUGGACAACAUCUCAAAGCUUUCCUCGCACGACACUUUGUGAUUUUGAGAUCCGAGAAUUUGCGCAUAAUAUCCAUCGCUACACCAUACAGUGUGUGCUGAGUAUUAAUCUCUUUAAUGAGAAGAUCUACAUCUUUUUAUGGUUUUGGUUCGUCAUUGUGGCAAGUGCCUCCACCUAUAGCUUAGUGACAUGGGUAGCGUUUGCCGUCUUUGAGCAACACCAUUUCCGUUACUUGAAGUCGCACCUGAGUGACAUGGACAUGUAUGAUAAAUGCAAAGACAGAUAUCUACUCGGGAAUUUCCUAAAAGGAUACAUCAAACAGGAUGGAAUCUUCCUUUUUAAAAUGCUCUCCAAGAACACAAGUGGGAUUAUCGCUUCCGAGGCCUUAGCCGGAGUUUGGCAAGAGUACAAGAAACUGAAUGCUAUUAAAGAGAAUGACAUAAAUGACCUUGAGAAGGAUGAGUUGAAACCCUUAAAUACUGAACCAAGUGCGCCAUCUUUAGAUGAACCAGAUGGCGGCAUAACUGAGAUUUGCCCAAUAGAUGGUGCUAUUUCAAAAGAUGAUAUCCCAAAAUGCAACGGGAAUGCUAAUGGUAACAUUAAAUAGAUGAAUAUAUUUGAACCAGUUAACAGAACUCCAGCAGUCAAGUUAAUUGACAGUUUGAAAUGAUAAAAAACAAGAAAUUGUAGGAAUGAUCUUAUAAUGUUCAAAAAUGCUUUAAAUAUGGUGUUUUAUUGUCAUAAUAGUUGUAGUUUUCUAGUGAAGAAUGUAGAAUAGAUAGCUAUUUGAUUAGAUACAUGUAUAUUAAAUGCUUCUGUGUGAUAAUAAUGUGUUAAGAACUUAUAGGAAUGAUACUUGUAAACUUUUUAUGCAUUUAAAAAGAAUCAAUUAUGAAACAAUUAGCACUUUUUAUUGUUUGUUGGCAUUCCAUGGUGUUUUGCAGUAGAUAGAUAGAUAGAUGACACGUAGGGUAUGUGAUAAUUAUGAAUUUUAGAAAAUGAAUGACAUAUACUGAUAAACUUUUGUGCAUUCAAAGAGAUUCGAUAAUCAAAAAAUAAGAUCUUAGGAGAGAAAAUUUUGUCAAUUUUUAAAGUGUGACACAAAAAUUGAACCCUCUAAUUCACUUUCUUUAUUUUUUUUAAAUUAUGAUGAAUGUUCAAAAAGUAUUUCAAAUGCAGUUUUCUGAAUUCUCUUUAAUUACCAUUAAUUUUAUAAUUGAUUCAUUCCUGGAUUGAUUUCAUACCCGCUUUGUAAAUUAUUAUUGACUGAAGAAGUUUUAGAACUUGACACACAAUGGUGAUGUCUUUUCUCAAUCUUUGAUAUUUUCAGAAAAAGGAUUAUAUUUUUCACAUGUUAAUUCGAAUUAAAAAUAUUUUGGGUUUAUUUAGGCAGGAUCAAAUUUACUGAUCAAAAAUUGAUAGUUAGAUAGAAAGAUCAAAAGUUUUAGGUGAUGCAACAGAUAGAUUGAAGUUUGAACUUAUUUUGUGUUAAAGUUUUGGGAUAAUUUCAUAAUUUGUAAUUAUGGUGAUAUUUUAAAGUGGAACAUAUUAUUAGGAAUUAGUUGUAAGGUGUGCCAGUAAUUGUGUGUGUUAUACUUGUAAUUUAAAUUAUGUGGAAAAAAUAAAUAUUACAUCAGCAAUGUUAAAUAUCCAAUAUUUCUUGUUCUUCAUAAUACAAUGUACCGGAG